AUGCUCAUGACGUCCCCGACCAGCAGCGCCACCCGCACGGCGAGCAGCAAGGACGCGUCGCCUGGCCAGCAUCGGCCCAGCCCCAACUCCUUUUCCCUCCUCACCACGGCCGACGAGGAGAAGACCGAGGAGAAGGGCGCGCCGCAGGCCGACUCGAAGACUGAGGCCAAGAAGGAGAAGAACAAGGCACCGACCAAGGCGAAGAAGAAGGACUGCGCCGCCGGCGUCGCCAACGAGGCUCGCCCCCCCAUCCGCCCCGCCUGCCUUCCUCGCUGCCAUCGGCCAGCCUAUGCCGUGCGCAGCUCUGCAUCGCACCUCACUCUCCAGCCUCACUCUCCAGCCGCCCCGUCCCCCGCCACGGCCGCCGCCCGCGCGGGCGCCGCGCUCCUCGCGACCAACCUCCUGCCGGCGCCGCUCGCGGCUCUCCGCUCGGACGCCAUCGUGCACGAGACGGAGACGGCCGACACGAUCAUGGGCGAGGCGCAGAAGGACUCGUCCGAGGCUGCGGAUAGCGCCGAGAGUCCCGUCACGUUGAAGAGCAUGAUGGCCGAGAGCAAGACGGACCACAAGCAGGUCCAGAUGUCGGCCGGCGGCGAGGUGGUCGAGCUGGUGAGCGCCGCGGACCUCAAGGCGCUGGAGGCCCGCGUGCAGGCUGCUGAAGAGCGCACCGAGUUCGCCAUCACGGGGAGGAAAGCGACGCUCUCCUUCAACAGCCGCACGCCCGACCUGACGCCGACCCGCCUGACCGGCGAGGGGGACGGCAAGCUGACGUUGCGACACGGUGUACCUCAGUCACCUUAUGCCACGCCGUCGCAUAUCCGGAUUAUGCGACUGUGGCAUAAGGGCCUCACGUGUCACGCGUGCCGUUGCUCACAUGCGGCCAUCCGGCGUCCCGGCCGCGAUCCAACCACGCUCCGGGUCACUCCCCCGCGCAUCCCGCCCUGA